UAGAAGUUGAUGGCAAUAGAUUAAUAUUUACGAGCCGUCUUGUGGAGAAAUAUAUGAUAAACCAGUUUUAAGUGAAAUCUGGAUUUAUUUGGGUUGCAUUUUGAAAAAAAAAACUAAAUCGUUUAAGUGUCGAAACCGAAUGUUUUAGGUUGGUGUGUUUUUAGGUGCUUCUUAUCAUCGUGCGUAGUGAUAUUGAGAUGAAAUAUGGUGAAUUUUGUGCUUGUUUGUGAUUGGUGAACAGUGCUAGUUUAAUACAAGUGAUGAUGAAUUAAUAUUUGAUUUUAUUGAAAAAAAUAGGAAAUAAGUAAAAGAAUUCGAUAAUAUAACCACCAAUAUGAUAGACAUAAGUAUGUACGGAAAUCAUUCUUCGCACACAAAUGGUUUUCAGAACAGUGAUCUUGGGUCCGGAGGGUACCCUUAUUUUACAGCAGGUCACCAUCAUCACCACCAUUACCACCAGCACCAAAGGCAACCCGUGCAACAACAACAGCUUACUAAUUCUGCUACUAACAUUGUUAGUGGCACACCUGUGAAUAAUACCACUAGUAAUACCGUAGUGACCUCUAAUAGCAGCUCCAACAACAAUUCUAAUCCGCCCACAGUCAAUAUCCAUCAGACUUCCUAUGUUCACGCAUCUCACCUAUACAGUCCGUCCGCAAUCGAAUACGGAAUAACUACCUCUAGCUCUCCCCCAACUGAUUUGUACUUUGAAGGCGAUAGCCAGAGUGCUAUAUACUACGGCCCUAGUCAUCCAACACCGGCGGCUCCUUUUCAAGAAAACCGUAUCAUAAGCGCGGAUAACGGAUUGAGCUAUACUAAUUUGGACUAUGCCAUGUACCAUCAGGCACAGGAAUGCGCAGAUCCUAGUUAUCUGGCGCAUCAUCAAGAUAACAAAUUACAUCUACAUCGCUAUGGAGCCAUUCCUGGAACUGUAGCGUCCGAUGCCACUGUUGAUGGGGAUCCUCAUCAUCAUAAUCUUCUUCAUCAGCAUUCGCAUAUCUCACAUCAGCACAGUUCCACAUCCCCUAAUGAUGCACAUGGCGGUGGAGCUACCUGGGGACAAGUUUACUCCGAUAACAUUCCUCAGUCACAACAUCAGCAACUGCAGCCGUCUCUUAACCAGCAUACGGUGGCUCAGUGCAGUCCUAAUGUUUCUUCCGCAUUGCUGGACUCGCCCCAUGUAAUUCUGAGUGCGAGUGUAUCAGACGAUGGUGACAGUAAUGGUAGUGUUGCUAAUAGUUUUUCGCGCCUUCACCAACAUCAUCACCAUCCCCAUCAUCACCAUCACCAUGCCACAUUGCAGCAAAAUAUGCAAGCGCAGCAGCAUCCGGCGAAUCAGCAAUCGCAGCAACAAACACAGCAGCAACAACAACAGCAGCACGCUCAACAACACCAGAACCAACAGAAUGCACCUACCUACAAGUGGAUGCAAGUAAAACGAAACGUGCCAAAGCCUCCAUUGACAAAGUCUUUACAGUUAUCAACUACACCAGAAUAUCAUAUUCCUACGCAUGUACUCGACCCGUUAAGAGUUCCUAAUCACACGACAGUUGUAGCCCCUAGUACUGUAUCACCUCAUCAAUCAAGUUUUCUGAUAAACAAUAACAGCACAGGCCGUACAAAUUUCACCAAUAAGCAGUUAACAGAACUGGAGAAAGAAUUCCAUUUCAACAAGUAUUUGACUCGGGCAAGGCGAAUAGAAAUAGCAAAUGCGUUACAUUUAAACGAAACACAAGUAAAAAUUUGGUUCCAAAAUAGGCGCAUGAAACAAAAGAAGCGAGUGAAGGAAGGUUUAAUACCUCCUGAAAUACAGAACCAAUCUCCCAAACACUCUUCCCUGAUAAACAGCAAUGAUUCCUCCUCGGCCAGCUCGUCAACAGCAACGUUAAUAGCUAUACCUUCUGCCUCUGGAGCAACGAACACGUCUACGUUAAACGAAAGCAAUGAAAACAGUCGUGAAUCAAUUACUAUGUAGAACAAAUGCUUUUUCAAAAACUAAAAGACUCUCUUUUUAUUAGUUAGAACCAAUUGAAAGACAUUAAUUUACGACAGAAUUUGCAAAUUAUCAGAACACUUUUAGGGCUGAUCGUCUUAUUCAACCAUACGGUUAAUAGAUGAGUAAUUUUAAAAUUAUCAGUCAUAUAAUUAUCUUUUACAUUUUCUUUAAGUCACUAAACUAUAUGACUUCAUGGAUGGAAGUUAUAUAUUUAUUUUAAGACCACCAGGUUAAUGACUGCUUGACUCGAGGUAUUACGAACAAUUUUGAACUACAAUAUGAUUGCAUUGUUUUGUUCCAUAUGCCGCAUGCUAGUCUUUUGAAUAAGGAUUUAUACGUCUAUAUAAUAUUUACUCGAUUAAUCUAUUAGUUUCCAUUCGGGAUAAACUAUAUAUACAAAGCAAGAAACACAUACAAAAAUGAAUAGCUCAAAAGAUUCCAAUGUUCCUCUUUGGUAGAUAUUAAACAAACCAAAUGUUUCCUAUUUGAUAAUAGACUUAUUAAAGCUAACCCAUGUACAUGAGGCAGUGAGCAUCGAGAAUUAGUAAUGUUUAUUUGAGAAACACGUUUUUUCUUACUAAAGCUAUUUCCAAAGCUGUGCAGUUGCAUUUCAACAAAACCACUAGCACAUUUACGUUUCGUUGCACAACAAUGUUGAAUGCAUGUAUUACUAUACAAAAUAAGAAUUAGGAUUUAUAAAAUUGCUCAUAUUCUGCAGGCACUGGUUAUAUGGAUAAUGUUAAACAUACAAAAUCCCAAUUCAGCAAAAAGACAAAACAAAUUUAAUUUAAGAUAAUUCCUAUCGAAUACAAAGAUACAUUUCAGAUAAUCAAAAUUCUGCAAAUACAAUAUAUUUUA